UUUCGAGCACAUUGUAGAAGUUUCUGGUUACAAUUUGCUUCCGUACCGACAGAUCCUUAACAGAAAGCGAUCCGCGUUUUCUACGGUGCGUUCAAGUUGUACCGCACACAGUCCUGUCAUACUUCUGUGAGUAAGAAAUAGUUUGUGUCUUCGUAAUUAGGAUAACGAUGGCUAAAUGGGGUGAAGGAGAUCCUCGUUGGAUUGUUGAAGAGAGGCCCGACGCAACUAACGUUAACAACUGGCACUGGACUGAGAAGAAUGCUUCACAAUGGUCUAAGGACAAGUUAGAAGAGCUUCUUAAUGGCUUGGAGAUCAGUGACAACAUUGGCAGCUGUGUUAUAACUGAAAUUGAGAAAAUGGAGGGUGAAGCAUCUGCCAACAAUCGCAAGGCUAAGCUUAUCUUUUUCUUCGAAUGGCAUUUGCAACUCAAAUGGACUGGUAAAGUGAGUGGCACUACAAAAGGCAUUGAAGGCACAGUCAUCAUCCCUAACUUGAGUGAUGAAAACAAUGCAGAUGAGCUAGAUAUCAAUGUAACCACAACAUCUACGGGGCCUGAUGCAGAUGCUCUGAAGCAGAUGAUGCGUACCCUUGGAGCCAAACUGCUAAAAGAACAACUUGCUAAGUACAUUAAAAGUUUAAAAGAAGACUUCACCCAAGGUAUGAUUUUACCGAAGAAGGAUGCCGAAGUUAAGAAUGGCGCACCGAUCAAAGUGGUUAAGGACCCUGCCGUGAAAGUGCCGUCCUCUUUUAGUACCCCAGACAUGAAGCAGUUACAGAUAGGAGUUAAAGUCGAGAUGAAAUCAUAUACUUGCAAACAGAAUUUUAAAUGCCCACCAGUUGAAUUGUACAAUGUCCUUACCCAACCCGAAUUGAUGCGCGCCUUCACCUGCGCCCCGGCACAAGUAAAUUCUUCGGUCGGCGGGAGAUUUAGCCUCUUUGAUGGAAACAUAACCGGGGAAUUUGUUGAGCUGGUACCCAAUAAAAAGAUAGUCCAAAAAUGGAGAUUUAAAACCUGGCCAGAAGGUCAUCAUUCAACGGUGACUACAGAUCUACAAGAUGAAGGGGAUUCCACGGAAUUAUCGCUGAACCAGACUGGAAUACCAUCUAUCGAGUAUGACAAGACUGUGGAAGGAUGGCAGAGAUACUACUGGGAAGCGAUCAAACGAACCUUUGGUUUUGGAGCAUUUCUUCUUUGAUCGUCCAUAACACGGGCAUGUCACCUCCUAUCGCUCUCACAUAAAAACAAAACAUGUCGCCUGUAUUUGAGCUAUUUACACUUGUCUGCUGUCUA